UCACAUAAGUUAAAACCACCUACUCACGAAAACAACCCCAAACCAUCCCGACUAACGUUACGUUCAAUGGUGUUGCAUUUAUAUCGUCUACCCAUCGGAAUAUAAGGGAACCUAAAACGAUUUAUUUUGAAAUUAAGAAUAUUUUUUUCAUGUAAUAAUGUACGCCCGAUAGCUACGCCACAUUCCUCUGAUAGCUACAAGUCGCCAAUGUGAUGUUAUAUGCGGACAAUGACCCAACAUGCCUCCAGGCUGUAUAAGGGCUAUUUGACCAAGGAGAGUGAUGGAGUGCUGCAUCAGAUGACCUGGCCUCCACAAUCACCAGACCUCGACUCAAUUGAGAUAGUUUGGGAUGAGUUGGACCGCGGCAUGAAGGAAAAGCAGCCAACAAGUGCUCUGCAUAUGUGGGAACUCCUUCAAGACUGUUGGAAAAGCAUUCCAGGUGAAGUUGGUUGAGAGAAUGCCAAGACUGUGCAAAGCUGUCAAGGAAAGAGGCAUACGGGAACCCCAUUGAAGUAAUGAGGUGAAGAAGCACAAAGCAGGCUAAAGCAGCUGGCUACUAGCUACCUUCCAUACUCUGCUAAGUCUGAGACUGGGUCCUCCGGGUGUCCCCAUCCAAUGCUCCUGAAACGCCAUGAGCCACAGCUGGGGAGGAUUUACUACUCCAUAGACUGCCAUAUCUCCUGCAGCCUUUCCAUCUCUGUCCUGGCCCCGUCCCCCCUUCCCCAUUGGCGGUGAUGAAGAAGGUGGGGCAGUGGUCGGCGGAGGAUGUGUCCAAUUGGCUGAGCGAGGAGGGGAUGCAGGAGUACGGCGACUCCCUCCAGCAGGCGGACGGCCCCGCCCUGCUGCGGCUCACCCCGGAUGACUUCCUGACCCCGCCCCUCUCACUGGUCUCCUCAGACACCGGGCGGCAGCUCUUGGAACGUCUGGAGACCCUACGGAUCGAGCACCACAUUGAGGAGCACCAAAAAAACGGCCACGCCAAUGGCCAUGGGAGGCUGCCCAAUGGCACUGCCAAGCCCCUGCGGAAAGGCUCGCUGGGGCUUAAUGGCUUCCGGAAGGAGAUGGUCCAAAUCCCCAUCCCCAUGUUGGAGGCUGAACGCUCUGGGUUCCCCCAGGAGUGGGGCAAGACAGGCGUAGCGUUCCUCUACGCAGUCUGCUGCUUUGUCACUACCACUGUGGUCAUCUCGGUGGUCCAUGAGAGGGUGCCUGCCAAGGAGCAUAACCCACCGCUGCCCGAUAAGUUCUUUGACAUUUUUGACCGGGUGGAGUGGGCCUUCUCUAUCUGCGAGAUCAAUGGCAUGCUGCUGGUGAGUCUGUGGCUGCUGCAGUGGACCCUGCUCAAGUACAGAUCAAUAAUCAUCCGUCGGUUCUUCUUCAUUGUGGGUACCCUCUACCUGUACAGAUGUGUCACCAUGUACAUAACCACUCUGCCUGUUCCAGGGAUGCACUUCCAAUGCUCUCCAAAGCUAUUUGGGAACUGGGAGGUUCAGAUGAGGAGGAUCAUAAAGCUGAUCGCCGGCGGAGGCCUGUCAAUCACCGGCUCCCACACCAUGUGUGGAGACUACCUGUACAGCGGCCAUACAGUCAUUCUAACGCUAUCAUAUCUCUUUAUCAAAGAGUAUUCCCCUAAGAGGUUUUGGUGGUACCACUGGUUCUGCUGGACUCUGAGUGCAGUAGGCAUCUUCUGCAUCCUGCUGGCCCAUGACCACUAUACUGUGGACGUGGUGGUGGCUUAUUUCAUCACAACACGUCUCUUCUGGUGGUACCACACCAUGGCCAACCAGCAGGCGCUGAAAGAGACGUCCCAGAGUAACCCAUUCUCCAGAGUCUGGUGGUUUCGACUGUUCCAGUACUUUGAGGGAAACGUCAAGGGCAUUGUCCCUCGAAAUUAUCAGCUGCCGUGUUCAUGGCGAUCGUCUCCGUGGAGCCAUGGGGUAAAGUACAGCAAAGUGGACACCCAGUGACCCAGGUCACGUGAGGGGUGGGAGCUGAGCGAGAGACCUCCUGAAGUUGUGAUCAUCUGAAGGAGAUGGUGUUGCCAAGCCAGUGCUGUUCCCUUGACUUGUUGGGCUCAUAUUAGAAAAAUCCCAGUUCCUGCUAGCACUGUGACCAUAGUCUUACUUUAGCACUACAAAUAAUUGUAUUUUGGGAAAGGUUUUUGAAAACUUAGCACACUACUUUGAUCAUCUAUUUUUUGCUUGGGACACUGCAAUGUUUCGUUGUCGACAGCAGAUCUGGUUAAUAUUUAAAUAUUACAUUUCAAUUAUUUUAGUUUUUUUUAUUUUGACCAUGGCUGUAACAAGUAGUUUAGACUCUUUUUCUCUGCAAAUAAUUUGAGAAAUUCUGGUCCGAUAAGGUCUACCAAGUGCAAAUCAUGUCACUGAAAUGUUUAUUUGAUAACCAAAAUUCCAUAUGUUGUCUGGGGGAGUUUUAGAUGCAAAACAUUUUUUUAUUUUUUAACAAAUUACUUUUUUGUCAACUACAACAUGGCAAUGGUGCAAAAAAAAAGUUUUUUUCUAACAAUUUCAACUUUAUUUUUCAAAACAAAUAAUGUCCCCAAAAAUAUUUUUAGAUUUUUACCUUUUUCAAGAUUGAAUGGUGAAAGCAGAAGAAUCUGUGGUAUUUAGAAUUGUUCCAGUGCCUUCCUUAGCUUGACUGGACUAUGUGUCUGUGUUCCUAUGCCUCGCCCGUGUCUGUCUGACUGCCCACAAGGUCAGCAUGAAGCGGUUCCAAAUGAUCGUUCAAGUCCUGUUCUCAUGAAUGUAAGAAUAAUAAUGCCAGCCUUAUAUGGUAAUUAGUCUUCCCAAAACCAAAAACAGUGAGACGAGUGAAAUGUCCUGUCAAUUUAUUUAUGUUUUCAUAUAUAAUAUUUUUUUCCAUAGCAGGUGAUGUUAUAGCAGUUAAUGAAGGACCGUUAAGUUGUUUGGUUAUGUCCUAAUCAUUUACUUAGCCAGUCUUGACCGUGUUCUAAUCUUGUUCCAAUCCUAUUCUAACCAUGUCCUUGCAAGAUGGUCCCAGAGGGUUUUCAGUCCUCUAACAUGUCAUUAAGACUUUAAAGCUGAUUGACUUGCUAAUAAUCUUGUAUCAAAGGUUAGUUGCUAACUUUGAAAGAAUGAUGAAAACCAGGAAACCCUCUGGACCUCAAGGACUGUACUGGAGUUGUGCAGCACACCUACAAGUCUUUGUAAGAGAUACUGAAUCCCUAUUUCGUCAAACAGUGUUCUCGAUACAGACCCAGAAAAUACAUCUUACUGGCUGUUGUAGACUUGGCCAAUAGAGCAGUGUGUUCCUGAAUGCAGCCUGCCAGAAUGUCUUACUGAUAAAUAAGGCCGGAAGGACACCAGUAUCACAAUAUUUCUUCCAUUGCAAAAUGAAAACCCGAAGCAGGCUAACUAUUUGGUCCUUUUAAAAACCUACUGUAUGUUAAAUAUCGUUUGCUAUAGCUCCCAAGUGGCGCAGCGGUCUAAGGCACUGCAUCUCAGUGCUAGAGGCGUCACUACAGACACCCUGGUUCGAAUCCAGGCUGUAUCACUACCGGCCGUGAUUGAGUCCCAUAGGGCGGCCCACAAUUGGCCCAGCGUCGUCUGUGUUUGGCUGGAGUAGGCCGUCAUUGUAAAUAAGAAUUUGUUCAUAACUGACCUGCCUAGUUAAAUAAAGAUUAAAUAAAUAAAUAAAUAGCUUGGAAAAAUAAUUAAAUGUGACUAUAGAUGACAUCAUAAUGAUGUUUGUUUCUGACAUUAGAACUGUUUUCCUAAAGAAGUUAAUCCCGCUUCGUGCUUUGUUUCCCUGCCACGAUAAUGACGAGUAUCUUGAUACUGGUAUCGUCCUGGCCCUACUGAUAAAGACAAGCUUCUUGUGAUUAUUUAUCUGUCUUAUUGACAUACAUGUUGAUCUUAAUGCAGUUCAGUGAUGAUAUGCCAUCUUUGAACUUUGUCAAAUGUAUAGGGCUUUUCAAUGUUGUCUUGUUUAAAAACAGAAGUUUGAGGCAAAGUGUAUUGGUACUGUCCUGAAUUACAUUGGCUGGCAAGUUUGCAAUGCCAAAAAUACUUCAGUCACAACUACCUACUAAAGAAGAUGACAAAUUGUACAAAGCCAAUGGGGUUAUCAAGUGGGCGAGGGGGCCAAAUGCACAGUACUGGGGAUCUAAUGUACGGACAAAUCCACACCAGACAACGUACUGAUUACCAUGAAUGUGAAAAUGGUCUCUAAUGAUCCUCGAUACACUUGUGCAUUAAAAUGAUUUGUGUUACCAUUCCAACAGCACAUGUUUUCUCCUGAAGUAGAGCUGGUUCGAGUAAGAAAUGACCUCAGUUCAGCUGUCUGACUGGAGAGACUGAACUGAUAAUAACAUGGCACUUUCUGUUAUGAAAAUGCAGCAUGGCCCAGUUAAAUAGAACUGAAUGGUGAGACAGGACAGGUUAAUAUAAUGGACUUCAAUUGUAUUUAUUCUUUAAAAAGAGGUCUAGCCUCUAAUCAUUGUUGUACAUUUUUACGUCAUGUUUUUUUGUGUCCUAAAGAGUAGAAGUACUAAAUCGAUAAUGAUGACAUAAUUUGAAUGCUGAAUUGAUGUGCUAUUUCUUCUAAUGCUGAAUGUUUUGACAAAUGUAAUUUUGCCUCUUUAGCUUGGGAAGGAGGCAGCGGUGGUUGUCCUCUAAAGAAAAGGUUGGGAUACCUUCGUUCAAGGGGUAUAAGGUCGUAUGUGUAUGGCUAUAUUAAAAGUACAUCAACUGUAAUGAGUUUAGCAUGUACCCAUGUGACAGACCCAAUGCUGUUCUCAUUGACAGCUUCGGCUAUGUCAAAAAUGUAUGAAUGUGAAUGGCAGAUCAGAUGUCUCUAUAUAGGCUUAUUGAUGUAAACCUCUCUAAAGCCAUCUACAGCUGUAACAUGAGAGGAGUUUGGGGAUAUUCCCCUUGAGCCCCUUCAAUCCAGACAUUUCUCUCUUAAAAAGGAAGCCAGUAGUGGUGGAAUGUUUGAACCAUUUCUGAAAUACUUCAAUGUUUGAUGCACGCACAUUAAGGGCCAUAUUUUGACUUGAAGUGCACAUGCCUAACUUAAACCGGGCAGUGAAAGUCGGAAUAUAUGCCUUGAUAAAUAUAUAUACAGUACCAGUCAAAAGUUUGGACACCUACUCAUUCAAGGGUUUUUCUUUAUUUGUACUAUUUUCUACAUUGUAGAAUAAUAGUGAAGACAUCAAAACUAUGAAAUAACACAUGGAAUCAUGUAGUAACCAAAAAAGUGUUCAACAAAUCAAAAUAUAUUUUAUAUUUGAGAUUCUUCAAAGUAGCCACCCUUUGCCUUGAUGACAGCUUUGCACACUCAUGGCAUUCUCUCAACCAGCUUUGAGGUAGUCACCUGGAAUGCAUUUCAAUGAACAGGUGUGCCUUGUUAGAAGUUAAUUUGUGGAUUUUUUUUCCUUAAUGCAUUUGAGCCAAUCAAUUGUGUUGUGACAAGGUAGGAAUGGUAUACAGAAGAUAGCCAUAUUCCAUAUUAUGGCAAGAACAGCUCAAAUAAGCAAAGAGAAAUGACAGUCCAUCAUUACUUUUAAGACAUGAAGGUCAGUCAAUCUGGAAAAUGUCAAGAACUUUGAAAGUUUCUUCAAGUGCAGUCACAAAAACCAUCAAGCGCUAUGAUGCAACUGACUCAAGAGGACCGCCACAGGAAAGGAAGCCCCAGAGUUACCUCUGCUGCAGAGGAUAAGUUCAUUCGAGUUACCAUCCUCAGCAAUUCCAGCCCAAAUAAAUGCUUCAGAGUUCAAGUAACACACAUUUCAACAUCAACUGUUCAGAGGAGCUUGCCUGAAUUAAAUUUUUUACAAAUUUUUUCGCCUUUAUUUGACCAGGUAGGCUAGUUGACAACUGUGACCUGGCCAAGAUAAAGCAAAGCAGUGCGACACAAACAACAACACAGAGUUACACAUGGAAUAAACAAGCGUACAGUCAAUAACACAAUAAAAAUAAAAAUGUCUAUACAGUAUGUGCAAAUGGCGUGAGGAGUAAAGGCAAUAAAUAGGCCAUUAUAGCGCAGUUAUUACAAUUUAGCAAAUUAACACUGGAGUGGUAGAUGUGCAGAUGAUGAUGUGCAAGUAGAAAUACUGGUGUGCAAAAGAGCAGAAAAGUAAAUAAAAACAAUAUGGGGAUGAGGUAGGUAGAUCAGAUGGGCAAUGUACAGCUGCAGCGAUCGGUUAGGUGCUUAGAUAGCUGAUGUUUAAAGUUAGUGAGGGAAAUAUAAGUCUCCAGCUUCAGCGAUUUUUGCAAUUCGUUCCAGUCAUUGGCAGCAGAGAACUGGAAGGAAAGGCGGCCAAAGUAGGUGUUGGCUUUGGGGAAGACCAGUGAGAUAUACCCGCUGGAGCGUGUGCUACGGGUGGGUGUUAUUUGUGACCAGUGAGCUGAGAUAAGGCGGAGCUUUACCUAGCAUAGACUUAUAGAUGACCUGGAGCCACUGGGUCUGGCGACGAAUAGGUAGAGCAUAUAGAUCGCAGUGGUGGGUGGUAUAUGGGGCUUUGGUGACAAAACGGAUGGCACUGUGAUAGACUGCAUCCAGUUUGCUGAGUAGAGUGUUGGAGGCUAUUUUGUUAAUGACAACGCCGAAGUCGGGGAUCGGUAGGAUAGUCAGUUUUACGAGGGUAUGUUUGGCAGCGUGAGUAAAGGAGGCUUUGUUGCAAAAUAGGAAGCCGAUUCUAGAUUUUAUUUUAGAUUGGAGAUGUUUAAUAUGAGUCUGGAAGGAGAGUUUACAGUCUAGCCAGACACCUAGGUAUUUGUAGUUGUCCACAUAUUCUAAGUCAGAACCGUCCAGAGUAGUGAUGCUAGUCAGGCUUGGCGUGUGCGGGCAGCAAACGGUUGAAAAGCAUGCAUUUAGUUUUACUAGCGUUUAAGAGCAGUUGGAGAGCACGGAAGGAGUGUUGUAUGGCAUUGAAGCUCGUUUGGAGGUUUGUUAACACAGUGUCCAAAGAAGGGCCAGAUGUAUACAGAAUGGUGUCGUCUGCGUAGAGGUGGAUCAGGGAAUCACCCCGAAGCAAGAGCGACAUCGUUGAUAUAUACAGAGAAAAGAGUCGGCCCGAGAAUUUAACCCUGUGGUACCCCCAUAGAGACUGCCGGAGGUCCGGACAACAUGCCCUCUGAUUUGACACACUGAACUCUGUCUGAGAAGUAGUUGUUGUACCAGGCGAGGCAGUCAUUUGAGAAACCAAGGCUGUUGAGUCUGUCGAUAAGAAUGCUGUGAUUGACAGAGUAGAAAGCCUUGGCCAUGUCGAUGAAGACGGCUGCACAGUACUGUCUUUUAUCGAUGACGGUUAUGAUAUCGUUUAGUACCUUGAGCGUGGCUGAGGUGCACCCGUGACCAGCUCGGAAACUGGAAACCAGGCCUUCGUGGUUGACUUGCUGCAAAGAAACCAUUACUAAAGGGCACCAAUAAGAAGAACAGACUUCCUUGGCCAAGAAACACAAGCAAUGGACAUUAGACCGGUGGAAAUAUGUCCUUUGGUCUGAUGAGUCCAAAUUUUUGAUUUUUGGUUCCAAAAAUACAGAUCUCCGCAUGUAUAGUUCCCACCGUGAAGCAUGGAGGAGGAGGUGUGGGGGUGCAUUGCUGGUGACACUGUCUGUGAUUAAUUUAGAAUUCAAGGCACACUUAACCAGCAUGGCUACCACAGCAUUCUGCAGCGAUACGCCAUCCCAUCUGGUUUGUGCUUAGGCUGUGUUAGGGCUAACACCUCCAGGCUGUUUUAGGGCUAUUUGACCAAGAAGGAGUGUGAUAGAGUGCUGCAUUCGAUGACCUGGCCUCCACAAUCACACGACCUCAAACCAACGGAGAUGGUUUGGGAUGAGUUGGACCGCAGAGUGAAGGAAAAGCAGUCAACAAGUGCUCAGCAUAUGUGGGAACUCCUUCAAGACUGUUGGAAAAUAAUUUUCAAGUGAAGCUGGUUGAGAGAAUGCCAAGUGUGCAAAGCUGUCAUCAAGGCAAAGGGUGGCUACUUUGAAGAAUCUCAAAUAUAAAAUAUAUUUUUAUUUGUUUAACACUUUUAUGGUUACUACAUGAUUCCAUAUGUGUUAUUUCAGAGUUUUGAUGUCUUCACUAUUAUUCCACAAUGUAGAAAAAAGUCAAAAUAAACAAAAACCUUUGAAUGAGUACUGUAUAUAACAAAUUGUUUGUCUCCUGGCCAUAGUUUGGGAGAUAAGUUAGUCCAUGGUUGCAAACUAAGCUGGAAAAACAUUUUUAUUUUAGAAUACUGACCGCUAACGUAAUUAUGUAUGUUUAAUUUGUGUGAAUCAACAAUACAAUUUUUCAUGUGUUUUUUUGUGUAUAUCAGAUGGCUGUAAGCUAUGAUAAAUGAAUAGGACAGAGAAUUAUAUCUGGGAGGCUUUCAAAUAAAACAAUUUAUCAUUCAG